GUGAUUACAAUGAAUACAAUACAAUACAAUACAAUACAAUGAUAUGAUAUUUUGAUAUCAAAUCAAAUGUAGUUAUGAUUUGCACUAAUUUUGAAACAUUAAGACAACAAUCAAGUGAUAGUGAAUGCAAUCGCCGACAGACCAGUUUGUGACCAGCGGUGCGAUGGCCCGAGUGAUGGCCAAUGCAAUGCCGCAAACAAUGCAUUCAAUGAUAUCUCCCGGUUUGCAAUCACUUUAUGAUCAUUGCUUAAGAGUAUAUCCAACACAAUCUAAUCCAUUGCAAGUGACAGCUGUUCUCAAGUAUUGGUUGGGUGGACCCGAUCCUCUCGAUUACAUUUCAAUGUACUCUAAUCCAGGCGAUGCAGAUCAAGAUAUUCCUCCACAUUGGCAUUACAUCAGCUUUGGAUUAAGUGAUCUUCACGGAGACGGAAGAGUUCACGAGAUAACUGAUUUGCAAACUCCGAGUGGUUUUGGUUUUGAAUUGACAUUUCGUCUGAAGAGAGAGCCAGAAGAGAUGAGUCCUCCCACGUGGCCGGCGGCUGUAAUGCAAGCAUUGGCCAAAUAUGUAUUUCAAUCAUCAAACCUGUUAUGUGCUGGUGAUCACGUCUCGUGGCACUGUCCUCUAGAUAACAGUGAAUCGCGGAUUCAACACAUGCUUAUGUCAGAAGAUCCACAAUUAGGUCAAGUGAUGACUUGUUUCGGUUCCGUUACUUUCAUACAAAUAGUUGGCGUUUGUUUAGAGGAAUUAAAAGCGGCGCAGAAAUGGAACGGUCCCGGAGUUAUUGACUUACUUCGAUCACAUCCCAGAGCUGGUGGACAUUGGUUAGUGACUGAUAUGCGCAGAGGAGAAACCAUCUUUGAAUUAGAUCCACAACUUAAAGAAGCUGUCGAUGACGGUAUUGCUACUCAAGGAUCUAAUUUAAGUGGAGUCAGUGCUCGUUGUUCUUGGACUCAACAAUCUGUGUCUACAAAUAAUAAUGAAGAGAGCAAUGAUGACUCUGAUGCCAAAGACAUCGAUAACAAUAAAGUAACUAUUGGUGAAAAUGAAAACAAUGAUUGUUUUGUUAGAGAAGACAAAUAUAGCCAAAGUAGGAAUAGUUGUAGUUCUGCAAUGUCUGUAUCUCAUGACCAACAAAAUCAAAGCAACUCUCGUAUGUCAUUUGCCAGUGAAACGGGUGCUCCAGAACCGGGAGAACUAAUCCAAACUAAAUAUUUAAAGCGUCUAAAUCUGAAGUUUAAUUUAGAGGCCGGACUACUAUUACCACUAGCAUUAAGAGGCCGUCUCAAACAUGACCGACACUUUACAUUCAAGAGUAUUAUCGGUGACUUAGCCAUCACUUUUGUCACUCCAGCGGUCUCGGGAUCAUUUGUGUCAAUUACACAGCCAUAUGCUAUACACGGCCCAUGGCUUCAAGUGCUUAUACCUAAUGACUAUAUUGAUAGAAUGUUAGCUGAUUUGAAUCAAUUAGAUGAUUACCAAAAUGACAAUCAAGAUAAUUUGCCAAAAAAAUAUGAUUGGCCAGAAAAAGGACUAUCGAUUGAAUUGAUGCCUGAAGAUAAUUAAUUACAAAUAACUGCAAUUUAAAAUGUUAUUUAAAUGUUAUUUACAAUUUUGAAAUAAUUAUUUUAUAUAUA